GUUAUAAUCAAAUACAAAAACUUUCACGCAUACUUUGAAUCGCAUCGUCGGGAUAUUUUCUAUGGCGCUUGGUCCGUAGUUACUGACAAUCAUUUUAGUAUCUCGUUAUUUUGCUUUGUGUAUUAGUAUCCAUGUGAUUUAUUUAACAAAUAGUUCUAGAAAUGCGAAUUACCGUUUUUUUCACAGGUUAUCAACAUUGCCGUCACAACUCAACGAUUCGUUUGCACAAUGAAUAGCAUCUAGAUUUGCCCAAGUUAUUGGAUUACCUACACAAAAAUAUCAAAUUUGUUUUGAAAGCGAGCCACUACCCUGUUAUGCAUAUUGACCGAAAUGUUAUUUGAGGACUCAGACAUCACGCAUUACAGUCAUAUUAUUUUAGAAUUGUGCUUUCCUUCAUUUUCGAAAUGCCGGCACCAGAUGCACAUAUUUUUCUCUUUCCGACCCCGGCGGCUGAACGGAAGGGCCGGAGGCUGCGAAGCUGACUCCCAUAACCAGGAAAUUUCAUGUUUCCAGUCUUGCUCAUCCCUAUGAAUGGUUACUCUUUACGGAACUCCAGUAGAACUCCAUAAACAACAUCCACUAACAGCCAGGCAAGAAAAGUCUCGGACUGAUUCCGAAUUUAAGAAUAAAUGGCACAGACAGCUGGUGCGAGCCAGAUUGGAUUUGUUGGCAGCCAUGGAGUUUGACAACUCUGGGCCUGGGAUUCGGGUGCAGAAAAUUCCUGCACAGAAUCUGGUGGUUCGGCUCUUCCAUCGUGAAAUUCACCGAAAGCCUCGACAGCAUGAGCACAGCAACCGCUACUUCUACCAGAACAUCACACCAAAUUUUACAGUGACCAAUGUUCAGAAGCCUCCUUGUUUUUUGCGUAAAUUCAGUCCAGAUGGAAGGUUUCUUAUUGCAUUUUCUUCUGACCAAACAAGCAUAGAGAUAUACAGGUACAUGGGACCAUCUGCAGCUGCCGACCUUCUACACUGGUGUGAGGGGACAAGUGUGUUGAAGGAGACUGAGCAGAAGACAUUUGAAAUAAGAAGAAAUAUCUUUGAUCGCUUCUUCAAGCUCACCCACACAGUCAACGUGGCAACUAAUUGUGAACAACUGAAUAGAGAGUGUAGUUUGUUCACAGAUAAUGGCAAGUAUGUAUAUGUCUUUGAAACAAAAAGUUAUGUAUUGGAAGAUAUAUGUCUCCUGCGAGAUGAAAUUUCACCUUGCUCUUGGAGGUUCACCAAUUGUCUCUUGGGCUGCAUUAAGCGUUUCACGUUUGAAGGUGUCCCACAGAAAUCUCUUGAACUGGUCAUUUGUAAUUUAAAACAACUACAGAUAGAGGAAUAUUACACAGUGUAUAACUGGGACCAAAAAUAA